CACUAGUUGAGUUUUGAUUGAAUCGUUUUGGACGAUAACAAGCAUCUUUCUCGCAAGUAGCAGAAGAAAAAAAGCAGUGAGUGAGUGAUGAGCAUGAAAAUGAAGUUGGAAGAAGAACAACAAGACCUAAACCUAAUUCCUCCAACAUCCCCUUUAGAAAUAGACAAAGACUUAACUCUCCUCCCACGCAUCAAACUCAACCUCACCGUACACCCAUCUUCUCCAUCUCUCACUCUCACAACUCCAAUCGACGAAUGGAAAAUGAAAACCGCUUUACUCACAUUCCUUCAAACCUCACACACUCUCCCAUUUCCUCUCCCCGAAGAAGAUCUCGUUUUCAAACGCUUCAACAAAGAUCUCAAAAAACGUAAACGCGAUGAUCCUGUCGCUUACGGUACACUUCACAUCUGGAACUUGUCGUUUCUCACUGACAAAAAUGAAGAUGAUGUGGUGAAAUGGAGGAAUCGUUUGGUUGAGAAAUUGAAUGGUGUUGAGUUGAAUCUUCAAGGUGUUAAGUUUAGACUUGAUGUUGUUGUUCCUGAUUGUGAUGAUUUUGAUUUGAUGAAGAAGAAUUGGGAAGAGUUUUAUGCUUUUGGGAAGAGGAAUUUGAAUUCGAGGAGGGAACCGGAUACGAUUGUUAUGAGUGGUGUUCCGUCGCGGUGGUUUGCUGAAACUAGAGUUUCUUCUAAGCCUUCUAUGCUUGUUACUCAUACUAUAUUUUCCAAGUUUGGGAAGAUAAGGAAUCUUAAUGUUGCUGAGGACGAUUCAGGUAAGGAUGCAAAUGAAGACAGUGGAGACCUUGUGUCGGGGCUUUACUGCAAGAUUGUGGUUCAGUUUGAGAAAUAUAAAGACUUCCAUGAUGCAUUGAGAGUUCUCUGUGGUCGUUCUUUGCAAAAGCAAGGGUCAAGGUUAAAGGCUGAUUAUGAGGUUACUUGGGACAAAGAUGAAUUUUUUCGUAAUCCAAGGAAUCAAUCUCAUGAGAAAAAUAACAUGGCAGCUGAUCAUUACAGAAGUGAAGCUCCCCGACGCCAGGUCUACAACUCUCGCCACAGUCCCGAUAAAGUGCGCCCGAGGAGAUUCAGGGAGUAGGACUCAACUUUUUGUUUUAUUUUGGAUACAAACUUGGCAACAUUUCUGUUACGGACCGAACUCAAAUUUUAAUUCGUCGAAGGUUUGCCAACUUGACCCUUCGGGGUCUACUCAAGCUUAUGAGGUUGGAUGUGGGAUUAUUUUCAGAGAUCCGUUGUAAUAACAUUUUAUAAUCUCAUUUUUCCAAAUUAAGACGUGAAUUAGCUCAGCAGUUGAAGUUGCUGCCAUGUGACUAAAAGGUCACAAAUGUAAGGUAAAACUGUAUACAUACAUAAACUUUCUUAGUUGUUUGGAACUUUAUAACAACAUAUUGUCUCCUUCAAUGUUCCAUGUUAUGACUUUGAAUCACUAAAA